CUUUUAGGCAACUGCAGAGCUUCUGAGGUGUAAAAAAGCUAAACUGCCGUAUCUAAAGCCCCCUAGAAAUCGAUCAAACGCUCAUCAGCCAUGGAGCUAGUUGAAUUACCACCGGAGCUCCUCCAGCGAAUCCUUGAACUUUACGUCAAGAAUGUCGGAAUUAUCGAAGCAUGGGGCACGAGAGGAACUUGCAGGACCUUUCGCUCCUACAUCGAUUACGAGGUUCUUUCCAGGCCGCAUCUAAACACAUAUCUGAGUAGCAAAGCCGGGCGCACUAUCUUGAAGAAAAACAUGGUCGGCUAUGUCUUCCAUCGAAGCAACAACCCAACCACCUUCGCUCGUGACCUAGUCCCAAAGUUCAUCCGCGCCAUUAUGAACGAAUUAGCGAUCGCUACGGGCAACGAAAGCGAGGGAGCUGCACAAUCUAUCAGGCACACUCUUUGCAAAGUCCUCGUCAAGUAUUACAAGUGGACGUACUUUGCUCUUACUACCAUUCCGAGCACUGCCCUAGGUAUUUCCAAGCUCCAGCACAUCACCAUCGACAAUGUGCCAAAUCGGGUUGCCGCCGCCGCUGCAGCAGGAAACCUGCAGGCUAUUCGAACAUUCGCCGAAGAAGAUCGCAGCAGUAUUUGGGGAAAAUCUGUCGCUUUCGGCUACCCACUCGUUGCCGCAACAUAUGCAGGCCAUUUUCACGUUGUGAAGGCGUUUGUCAUCCAGUUUAUCACUGAUCUAGAGCUGGAUAGGCUGCUCGCAUGGCAAACCGAGCGGAAACCUUUCUCUGUCGCCAUUCGUGUAGCUAUUCAGCGUCAGUACAGCCAAAUCCUGCAAUAUCUAGUUGAGAAAUAUGUCGAAGCCUUCGGCACAGCAAGCCAGAGGUGUAUGGAGAAGUGGUUGAAAGCAGCGGUUAGGACUGGUCGACCAGAAUACGUUCGUUUAAUUGUGGCCCUUCGACAUCACUGCAGCCUUCUUUGUAUCUACGACGCGUUCGAACUUAGCUGUAAACUCAACCACCCCCAAGUCAGCCGUGUUUUCUUUGAGGGCAACACGCUUGAGGUCAACGAGAUGUUAUAUCACGACUUUCCGAUCGGGACUGCAUUUGAGUAUGGAUCACUAUCCGUAAUCAAAGAGCUGCUGGACCUAGGGGCAAACCCGGAUGGACCGAGAUAUAUCGGAGAUGGUAAUCGGCCACUAUGUGAAGCGUUGUACGAGGAAGAAACCGAGAUCUGUUGUCUUUUGCUCGAGAAGGGCGCUAAUAUUGACUUGGUCCAACCCAUGAUUAACAGCAAGAAAGAUUUCAUCGAGAAGUCUCCUAAACUCAGGGAACUUGUGAAGAAAGCAGAUGAGUGUAGGGGGCCGAAGUUACCACUACGCGUUGAUGGAGGACUAUUCGCAAGUGACGACACUGCCUAGCGUUCGGAAGAGAUGAAUCUGUACCUCCAAUCGCUGAUCUUUCAUUACCCAGCAUUUCGGAGUGUGUUUAGACAUAUUGAUGACUAUCUGGUAUCUUUUUGACCGC